CCAGAUGCCGGUGACCGUGGGCCCGUACGGGCAGUCGCAGCCCAGCUGCUUUGACAGGGUGAAGAUGGGGUUCGUGAUGGGCUUUGCCGUGGGCAUGGCUGCAGGGGCGCUGUUCGGCACCUUCUCCUGCCUCAGGAUUGGCAUGAGAGGACGAGAGCUGAUGGGUGGAGUCGGCAAAACGAUGAUGCAGAGCGGAGGGACGUUUGGGACAUUCAUGGCUAUUGGGAUGGGAAUCCGCUGCUAACCUGGAGCUUGGGCUUCCUGCCCAUCCAGCCAUUCCUCCUCUGUACCAUAAUAAAAUCUUUAGACACCUGGAA